AUGGCCGUCGUCGGUGCAGUGGCGGCAGCGGCGGGGGCGGCGGCGUUCGUCUAUUACACGGGCUUCGCCGAAUCGCCCCUCUUCCCGCGCUUGCGCCGCAGAAAGGACGGCUCGGAGUGGGGGGGGUCCGACAGCGACCGCGUCCACGGCAGCGGCGGGGGAAGCGGAGGCCGCCGGGAGGGAUGGCGGAAGCGGCGGCGGUCGGUGGGCCUCCGCGGGCCGGACCGGCCGCCCGCCACCCUGGCGGAGACGGCUGCGAUGCUGGCGGCGGCCGUGCGGUUCCUGUUCGUGGAGACGCUGGGCAAGUGGCCGCUCACGGACCUGCUCUUCGGCGUCGCGUUCCUGCUGCGCCGCCGCAAGCGAGCGGACGUGUCGCGCAUGUAUGCGCGCGAGGCGGUGGCGCGGCUGCGGGGCGCGUGGCGAGCUCGGGAGGUGGAGAUGGUGGCGGAGUACGUGGCGCUGUGCUACUCCUUCUCGCGCAAGCCCUACCGCCUCUUCCUCGAGGACUCUCGCCUCUCACCCUCCGACGUCCUCCUCUACGAGCCCAACGCCGGGCUGCUGAAGCCGGCGUUUGCGUUGAUAGUGGACGGGAGGCGGCGCACGGUGCUGGUGGUGGUGCGCGGCACGCACUCCACCAAGGACAAGCUCACGUGCGCCACGGGCGCCGUGGUGCCGUUCCACCACACCAUCAUGACGGACGGGGGCGUGCGCCACAUCGUGCUGGGCUACGCGCACUGCGGCAUGGUGGCCGCUGCCAGAGCCAUUGCUGCGCGCUGCCUGCCCACUCUCCGCCAGGCCCUCGCCCGCCACCCAGGCUUCCAUGUCAAGGUGAUAGGGCACUCGCUGGGCGGGGCCACGGCGUCGCUGCUCACCUUCAUUCUGAGGGAGAAGGAGGGGCUCGCCUCCACCACCUGCGUUGCCUUCGGCCCUGCGGCGGCCAUGACAUGGGAGCUGGCGCAGUCGGGCGAGUGCUGUGUGACGUCCAUCGUGAACGGCACUGACUUCAUCCCCACACUCUGCUCCAGCUCGCUUGACGACCUCCGGCAAGAGGUGCGGCGGUCGGCGUGGGCGAGUGAGCUGCGGGAGCAGCUGCGCAAGAGGCACAUGGGGCGGGUGGAGGGGGGUGCAAGGUCAGCGUGUUGCACUGUGGCCAUGCUACAUGCGGCCUGCAUGGGCAGACUCGCAUGUGGCGGGGCUCUAAGACCAUCGCUCUUCUCCCCGCCUGCUGCACCACCUCCCCAUCGCUGCUCCCUCUGCGCAUCCACCUGUCCCCCCCCUCUCCACUUUCUUGCGACAGCGCCUGCAGCAGCUGUGGCAUCAGUGGCGCGCGUCUGCUGCCACCCUGCUGCCCUGCGCCCCCCCAUGGCGUCCACCACUCCCCCUCGCCCCCCCUGGGCCCUGCGCACCUCGCUGCUGCCCCCUGGCUUCUGCAGCCGCGCCCGCGCGCGCCCAUCCAUUCUCCCAGGGGGGCUGGCAGCAGCAGCAUCAGUGGGCGUGCAGGCAGGCAGUGCGGUGGAGGGCCCGCGGUGGUGGCGGCAGGACGUGGCGGAGGCCAUGGUGGUGGGCGACGCCAAGAGGGGCGUGGAGUCACGCCACGGCUCCGACGGCAGGCUGCCUCACACGCUCGCCCACACACAGGACAUGCGCGUGGGCGGCGAUGGGGGGGGAGAGGAGUGCGGGCAUGGCGCAGCGGAUGGUGAGGUGGUGCUGGUGGCAGCUGAGCCGCAGAAGAUGGUGGAGAGGGGCGCGGGCAGGGGGCGCGAUGGGGGCAGUGCUGGUGGGCGCGAUGGGGAGGGGUCGGGGAAGAGUGAUGGGCACGUGGAAGAGGCUGGCUUGCUGGGGGUUCCAGGGACGUGGGUGAAGGAGAGUGAUGCAGAGCAGGAUGGUGGGGGGGAGGAGGAAGACGAGCAGGAGGAGGAGGACGAUGAGAUUGAGGAAGUGGAGAGCGAUGAUGAUGACGAUGAUGAUGCAGAGGAGGAGGACGAGGAGGAGGGGGAGGAAGAGGAGGGAGGGGGGGAAGAGGCAGACCUGGUGGGCGAGGAGAGGGAGCAGAGCAGGAGGAGGGCGAGGGAGGAGGAGUUGCGGCGGCAGCACAGUGACGAUGUGGAGGGGCUGGCGGCGCUGCUCAAGGCCAUGGACGACGGGGGAGAUGCGGACCGCGCCCACGGCCACGCCCAGGACGACCGCCACGACACCUUCGGGCAGGCAGUGGGGCACGAGGGCGAGGCGAGCUUCCCAAGGGACAGCUGGCGGGGCCACAGCGGGGAGCUGUCGUGGGCUGUGAUGGAGCAGCAGCUGCAGGAGCGGCUGGAGGCCAGCACCCGUGCGUCGAAGAGCGAGGAGGAGGCGGCGGUGUCAGCGGCAGUGGUGCAGGACAUCCUGAGAGAGGAGGAGGAGGUGGCGAGCCAGGUGGCGGGCGCGGGUGACGAGAGGGAUGUGCUGGAGCCGCUGGUGGCAGGCGCCGUGGACAGCAGCGGCGACGUGCCCGAGGCCGUUCGCACGGACCCACGGCGGUGGUUCCCGUGUGGGCGCAUGGUGCACCUGCUGCGCAAUGAGGACCCCGACGAGCACCGCGACGACAGCGCGGGUGUGGGGCAGGAGCGAGAGGGGGAGGAGCAGCGCAGCGCCAGGGAUGGUGAUGGGCAUGUCAUGUCGGACUCAGUUCACGAAGGUAGUACCGGUGCUGGCAGCACUGUGGGUAGUACAGGGGGGAGUGGUGGCACUGGGGGAGGGCCUCUCAAGGCAAGGCGUCAGCAGGGGAGGAAGCGGGGCAAGUGGAAGGCGGGGAUGUUUGAGACGCCCCGGCAUGUGUAUUCGAGCAUCAAGCUGACUGGAUCAAUGAUUCAGGACCACCUCAUGAUGAACUACCGCCGCACCCUGCUGGACGUGGCGAGGGAGCUGGAGCAGGAUGAUGAGGAGGUGAUGGAUGAAGAGUACGAGGACGAUGACGACUGCACCUUCAACUGUGGAUGA